AUAAUGGACAACAAAUCAAUUCUCGAAGAGCUUCUUUUAAAGAAGUCACAACAGAAGAAAAAGAUUUCACCAAUUAAUUACAAGGAACGAUUGUUUGUUCUGACAAAAGCAACUCUUUCUUAUUAUGAAUAUGACAAAGAGAAAAGAGGAAGGAAAAAGGGGUCAAUUGAUAUUAAGAAAAUCCGAUGUGUUGAAACAGUGAAUCUUGAGGAAUCAACACCUCCUGCGAGACAAUAUCCAUUUCAGAUUGUGUACAAGGAUGGACUACUGUACGUUUAUGCAGCUAGUGAAGAGAGUCGUAACCGAUGGCUGGCAGCUUUGCAUAAAGAAAUUAAAGACAAUUCCGAUUUACUAAACAAGUAUCACAAAGGAUUCUUCACCAAUGGGAAGUUUCUCUGUUGCAACCAGACGUGUAAAGCAGCCCCUGGAUGUACGAUUUGGGAGAAAUAUGUGGGUCUACAUUGUGUAACCAAGUCUGUGAAACCACUGCCUCCAGUCCCUCAGACACUGCAGAAGCGUAGAAGCCUACCCCGGGUGCUAUCACCAGACAAGUCAGUCCUGAAUGUGGCUUUGGCUCAGUACAACUAUGAACCCACAGGAAAAUCAACUAUUCAGCUUGUUAAAAGCAAAAAAUAUUAUAUAUUGAAAGAAGAAAAUUCUGACUGGUGGCAAGUAAGGGAUUUGGAAGGGGAAAACUCUUGUGCCAGUGAGAAUUCAUCAGCAGAAGAGCAGAGUAUUGCUAAGCAUGAUUGGUAUGCUGGUAAUAUCUCCCGUGCUCAGUCUGAGCAACUGCUCCAACAGAAGGGAAAAGAAGGUGCUUUUAUGGUUCGAAAAUCUAGCCAAGCAGGAAUGUAUACUGUGUCUGUAUUCAGCAAGGCUCCUGAAAGUAAAAAAGGAGUAGUCAAACAUUACCAUGUGCACAGAAACACUGGAAACAAGUAUUAUCUCGCUGAAAACUACUGUUUUGAAUCAAUUCCCAAGCUUAUUCACUACCACCAGCACAACUCGGCCGGUAUGGUGACAAGGCUCCGGCAUGCAGUGUCUUCGCAAGUAAAUAAGGUCCCAGCCACAGUCUCAUUAGGAAAUGGAAUCUGGGAGCUGAAACAAGAAGAAAUUGUACUGUUGAGAGAACUAGGGAGCGGUCAGUUUGGAGUGGUGCAUCUGGGAAAGUGGAAGGGACAAUAUGAUGUGGCAAUAAAGAUGAUCAAAGAGGGAAUGAUGUCAGAAGAUGAAUUCUUAGAAGAAGCUCAGACCAUGAUGAAACUUAAUCAUCCCAAGCUUGUUAGGCUUUACGGCAUAUGCUCGAAAUCAUAUCCCAUCUAUUUAGUGACGGAAUAUAUGGCCAAUGGCUGUUUGCUUAGCUACUUAAGGAGUCAUGGGAAGGAACUGCAACCUCUUCAGCUUCUGGAAAUAUGUUAUGAUAUUUGUGAUGCUAUGGCCUUCCUGGAGAGCUGUCAGUUCAUACACAGAGAUUUGGCUGCUAGGAACUGUUUAGUCGACAGCAAUCUUACUGUGAAAGUAUCUGACUUUGGGAUGACUAGGUAUGUUCUGGAUGACUUGUAUAUAAGUUCACUGGGAACUAAGUUUCCAGUGAAGUGGUCAGCACCAGAAGUUUUUCAUUACACCAAAUUUAGCAGCAAGUCAGAUGUAUGGGCCUUUGGUAUCUUAAUGUGGGAAGUGUUCACCUUUGGAAGGCAACCCUAUGAGCUUUAUGAUAACAUGCAAGUGAUUGAGAAAGUUUCUCAGGGAUUCCGGCUUUAUAGACCACAGCUGGUUUCUGACAUCAUCUACCAGAUCAUGUGCAACUGCUGGCAGGAGCAACCAGAAAAGCGCCCCAGCUUUUAUCAGCUCCUAUCAUUUUUUGAGGCACUGAAAGAAGAAGACAGGGCUUGA